AUGGCGGAUGCAGUUCGUAACAUUAUCAUCAAGCUUGGGAGAAAGGUUCGUUCACAAGAGACAGGCACCAAGCAUGUCAAAACACUGCUCCAGUUAGCUAUGAAGAAGAAGUUGAAGCUUGAUCCCCUUCUUCGUGAUGAAAUUAUGGUCACAGUGAUGUCGGAUUAUCCAGAGUUCUACGCCGACUGGUCCGAAGAUGAUACCAGUGAGCUCCUGUUGCUGGCCUCCGAAGCUAGUGAUGAGAUUUCCCCAGCAUCUAUCCCAGAGCCCUCAGAUGGAAAUCGGGCCGGGGCGUUUCUCCAAUAUUUUGCACAAAGGGCUCUUGAGUCAGAAGAGAUCUCCCGUCGUAGAGCAAUUGCACAACCCCUAUACCUACAGGCUGCCGAGAAUGAAGCCAGACACCGAAUGGAGAUUCUCCGUAACAGGUCAAAUACUUCUGAUUCUCCUAUUGAAAUUUCUCCUGAUAAGCCUGAUGAUUUUGUAUCUGCUGAUAUUCCGUCUGCUGUGCCUACUGUGUCUGAUAAUGUGAAUGCGUUAUUAUCUGUGAAAUCAUCUGUGUCUGAUGAUCCCCCAUGCAUCCCCUCUAUGAAGCCUGGGCCUUUGAAGGAAGUUGUUGAUGUUGUGUAUGAUGAGAAAGAUAAACCCUCUGAGGAGACCAACAAUCUAAGUUUGGUUGUUUACUCGGCUGAUAAUGUUGCUCUGCCUCCUUCUGCGAUUGCUGAUGUUCCACAUGAGAUCUGUCCCUCUGAUAAUCUCUCUGAUGGAGUCCCAGUCUACACCUCCACAUCUUUGGCUGAAAGUCUUGAACAUGUCCGGCAUUUUGCUGGGUUACCUGCUGCCUCCAUUCCAGAACCAUACCGUGUGAUUCAUCCUUCUGAGUCCUCAAGUGAAGAUGAAAAGAUCCUUGCUAAAGUCUAUGACACUCAAGCUCAUGCAUCUAAGCCCCCGACUGUUGAGGCUAUUGCACAUCCUGAUUCCACCACCUUCAAAAUUAGAGAAGUAACAAAUCUUCUUGGAAGUUAUUCUGCCCAUGUUCCUGAUUCCAGUCACUCUGUGUCUCCUGUUCAUUCUCCAUCCAAGGAGACGAGAAGAUCAAAACGAAAGAAUGUUCCUGUGAAGGUUGUUGUUGAGACGGGUGAUGACAAUGCUGAUGUAGAUCAGCCUGAGAAGAGAAGAAAGUCCAUUGAGUCUAUGGAACCUGAAGCUAAUCCUCCAAUUCAACAAGUGUUCAAGACACUACGGUCGUCUGUUAAGCAAAAAGGUCCUGCUGCUGUUGUUCCCACAUCAUCUACCAGAAAGGGGAAACCAUCUACUCGUUCCAAAGGUCGAAGUAUCACUCAUGAGGUUCAACCUGUUGUAAGUACUGACACAUCUAUUUACAAGCCUCAGUUUGUUACCUCCACUGCUCAAGGUAAAUGGUCCACCAUGAUCAGGAGAGAUCUUAUUGUUCAACGGUCUGUUGAUGAAAACCAUAUGAAUUCAGUCUGCGACAUUCUGCCACUGCUGAGUGAAGUGCGCUUGCUGAAGACUGUCUCCUCUAUUUGUCCUUAUUCGAUGCUCCACACGUAUGAAUUCUACUGUAAUCUCAGUGAAGAGAUAGACAAUCUGACUGGGCCACGACUAAUGCAAAUCUUCAUUCGAGGUAAAUGGUACGUCUUUGGCCCUGACAUGAUCAAUGAAUACUAUGGCUUGACAGCGGUGCACGAAAAAGCAAUCACUAACUGGGAUUCAAUGGCCAAGACCCUAACCGGUGGACAGACUGAUACAUGGCCUUCUGGUGACAAGGAUCAUCUACCCAGCUCUCAGCUCACAUCCAAAUACGUCAUAUUGCAUCAUCUUGCGCUUCACAACUGGCUUUCAUCGGCCCAUUUCCAUACGGUGGGCAAGCAAUUGGCAGGUCUCUUGUUUCGAAUUGGAACAAAAAUGGCGUUUGAUUUGGGGGCCUGGAUUUAUAAUCAUAUCCUCACCUUGAUCCAUCCACGAGAACAGAAGGUAAGGCUACCCUUCCCUAAUCUAAUUUUUGGAGUACUAACAGCUCAGGGCCUUGAGCCAAUGCCUAGUGAGGUGAUAAGCCCGACUCUUCUUUACACUGUUGACCGUCGUCUUUUGACUGGAGACCAAAUUUGUGAUGUUACACCGGUGAUUGCUCCCUCCAAUUCUGAAGUUGAGACAGUGGCUAAUGAUUCGCAACAUGCAAGGGAUCUCCAACUUUCUAUUCAGUUGAAGGCAAGGGUCUCUGAGCUUGAGACAGUUCACGGCAUAAUUGCGAAGCAGCUGAAAGGGGCUCGUACUGAAUUGUCCACCAUUCUUCUUCGUUUAAGCUUGUCUAAAUCUGCUGUUGCUGAACCUGCGAAGUCUGACAGUGAGACUCCCUCCAAUGCUUGA